AUGUCUGCCGACUUUACGCUGUCUGCGCAGCUUGUUGGCCAUGAUGCAGACGUGAGAGCCGUCGCUUUUGCCUCUCCCCAAGUCGUCCUAUCAGCCUCCAGAGAUUGCACCGUCCGCAAAUGGACCCGAGGACCACAUUCACCGCCGGCGUUCGAGGCAACACUCGUCAGUCGCAGCCCCGAAUACGUCAACUCCGUGGCCUUUUCCCCGGCAUCUGCCAAUCACCCCAACGGCUUGGUCAUUUCCGGAGGCAAGGACACCGUGAUCGAGGUCAAGUCGCUAAGCGCUGCGUCCACGGAUCACGCCGAGCGACUGUUGGUUGGACACGCCCACAACGUCUGCGCUCUAGAUGUAGCCCCCGACGGGUCGUAUCUGGUAUCCGGAGGAUGGGAUGGCCAAGCCCGCGUGUGGAAUCUGCAAAAAUGGGAGACAGUCUUGAUGCUGGCCGGCCAUGAAGACAAAGCUGUGUGGAGCGUUGUCGCUCUCAACGACAAGACAGUCGUCACCGGCUGCGCCGACAAGGCCAUACGCGUCUAUGACCUCACUCAAUCGGUUGCAGGCGAAGCUCAGCCCAGAUCCACAAUCUAUACUCCGGACGUGGUAAGAGCUCUGUGCAGAGUUCCGGAAAGCCACCCGAGUGGUGCCGACAUUGCCAGUGCCAGCAACGAUGGCAUCAUCAGACUCUGGAAGUUGAACGGGCAACAGAUGGGUGAGCUGCAUGGCCAUGACAGCUUCGUCUACAGCUUGGCAAGCCUGCCAACCGGGGAAUUGCUCAGCGCCGGUGAAGACCGUACCGUCCGCGUAUGGAAAGGCAGCGAAUGUGUUCAGACUAUCACUCACCCAGCCAUCUCGGUGUGGACUGUAGCUGCCAACCAGGUAACGGGCGAUAUCGUAACCGGUUCGAGUGAUGGUGUAGCGCGUGUCUUUACCCGACGACCAGACCAAGUGGCUGACAAGGAGACCCUGGCCGAGUUUGAGUCGUCGGUCAAGUCCUCGGCCAUUCCUCAACAACAGCUCGGUGGCAUCAACAAGGAGAAGCUCCCAGGACCCGAGUUUUUGACCAAAAAGUCUGGGACAAAGGAAGGACAGGUGCAAAUGAUUAGGGAGGAGAAUGGAAAUGUUACAGCGCAUACGUGGUCGACGAGUCAGCAACAAUGGAUCAAUGUCGGUACCGUCGUCGAUGCCGCUGGCAGCAGUGGGCGCAAGGUCGAGUAUGGCGGAGAGUCGUACGAUUAUGUCUUUGAUGUCGAUAUCGAGGACGGCAAGCCGCCGUUGAAGCUCCCCUACAACUUGUCCGAAAACCCCUAUGAGAGGGCGACAAAGUUCCUCAACGACAACGAGCUUCCGUUAAGCUACCUGGACAGCGUGGCUAAUUUCAUCACGAAAAACACCAAGGGCGCAACUCUGGGGCAAGCGGACAGCUCAGGUCCUGAUCCAUAUGGUACAGAGUCACGUUAUCGUCCGGGUCAGUCGGAAUCAUCACAACCCAAGGUUCUUCCUCAGAAGGAUUAUCUGAGCAUUUCAGCGGCCAAAUACGAAGCCAUUUUCACAAAAAUAAUGAGCGUCAACAAGACCAUGACCUCCUCUGGCCGCAAAGACGCCGCCCUGAACCCCGGCGAAGAGGCUAUGCUGCAGCUGCUCCGCGAAGCACUAGAAAGUGGUCGGCCCAUCCCCGUCCAAUCCAUAGAAUUGGUCGUGCGAAUCGUGACGCAGUGGCCGUAUGGAGAUCGCCUCGCUGCGCUGGAUUUGCUGCGCUGCGUUGCAAAGUUCCCAUCGGUAGCCCAGCUGUCGGAUGCUCAACACGGGUCAGUGCUCGACAUGGCGACCGGCUACUCGAUACCGGCCGACUCUCCAGCAAACGAGAACGCGGCCAUGAUGGGCGCCCGCACGAUUGCCAAUCUGUUCAGCACGGCCGAUGGUCGCAGCUUGGUGAACUCGCAGGCCGACAAGGCAAUCGCGUUUCUCGAGCGCAUCGUGGGUGCCAAGGGCGGGGAGGCGAUUGGAAAGUUUAACAGGAACGUGCUGAUCGCCGUGACCACGGCGGCAGUCAAUCUGUCGGUCUUGGCCAACAAGGAAAAGCUGCUGAGUGCAGAGCAGCGACGAAGAUUAAUGGUUGUCCUCGGAGCCACGCUUGACGGUCAGUCAGACUCGGAGGUCCUGUACAGAGGGCUGAUUGCGUUGGGGACGUUGCUGGCGACAUCGAGGGGGGAGGCUAGCGGCUUAGACCUUGACGGGUGGAUUCGGGGGGCCCAGGACAGGGGCGCGGAAGAGAGGGUCAAGUCCGUGGCCAACGAGUGCCUGGCGUCGCUGUCGUGA